UUUCGGUCCAUGCCUCACAUCCUUUGCUGCCGCCGUGAGCCCCACACGUCCCUCGUGGGGCUGAGGCUUCCUCCCCAGCUCUCUGUGCUGUGACGGGGCCGGGUGGGUCCCAGGCCCUCGGGGUGCCCCUCGGGCCCUGCGUCAGCACAGCCACGAGCUUCAAAGCAGGGCGCAGGGGAGGAAGUGGGAGCAGAGCCCUCACCAUGGCGGAGCUGGAGCAGCUGCAGCAGCACAUCCCAUCGGGGCAGCAGGUCCUGCGCCAGCACCACCGAGACCUCCAAAGGGUGGCCGAGUACUGCGAGAGCAACUACCUGCAGGCCAGCGACCAGCGGCAGGCGCUGGAGGAGACCAUGGCUCUGAGCGCACAGUCCUUGGCCAGCGUCAGCUUCCAGGUGAGCAGCUUGGCCAGCGCCUUCCUGCGGCUGCUGGAGCUGCGGGCGGCAGAGCUGCGCCGGCUGGAGGCCGACAUCAGCUGCGUGGCACAGCGCGUUGAGAUGCACAAGGAGAAGGUUUCUCGCCGGGAGAUUGGCUCUUUGACCGUCACCAAGAGGUUCCCAUCGUGCCAGACCGUGGUGCCCCCCCCCAGUCCCCCCUGCCUGGAGCCCUACUGCAGGAAACCCCUCAACUUCAGCGUCCUGGACGACAUCGGCCACGGUGUGAAGGACCACAGCACCCGGCUGCUCUCCCGCACCGGAACCCUGGCUCGCAAGGGGACCAAGUCACCGGCGCAGGCUGCGGGCACCUUGGGGAGGAGCCCCCGCAUCCCGGAGCCCGUCCGGCCGCCGGUGGUACCCGAGGGCAGGGGCUGUGCAGCCUCCUCCUCGCUCAUCUCCAUCAGCUCCAGCGGGGCCCCUGGUGAAGGCAUCAUCGCCCCCCCCCCACCGCCACCACUGCCACCGUCCCUGCCAGGACCGUGCCCAGCACCAGCUCCACUCCCCGGGCACCCGGAGCUGCCCCCAGGUGAGGCCGGGGGUGCUCGGCCCGGGGGGGGGGGGGUCAUGGGGACUCAGGGAGCGCACGUGGGUCCCUCAGCCCCCAUUGAUGCUGCAGCCCCCGAUGACCUCGAGCUGCCACCGCCGCCACCUCCAGCCCUGUUUGACUUCGAGGACGUGGCCCCACUGCCGCCCCCCCCUGCAGAGGACCCCCCCUGGGCCCCGCAGAGCUACGUGGAGAAAGUGGUGGCCCUGUACCCCUACACGCAGCAGAAGGACAAUGAGCUCUCCUUCCAGCCCGGAGCCCUCCUCUUCGUCACCCGGCGCCACUCGGACGGCUGGUGCGAGGGUGUCAUGGGCCAGGAAGUGGGAUUCUUCCCUGGCAAUUACGUGGAGCCCUUGUGAGCCCCCUGCAUUCCCACCAGGAACCGUUCCCACCUGGAUCAGCUCCUGCUGUGCUUUGCCUCGGAAUCCGGCUUUGCUCAGCACCCAGAGCAUCCCCUGCGCUGUGUGUGCUUGAUGGCAGCAGCAUUGGUUGCUGCUGGUACUGGGGAUGUUUAGCACAGGGAUGGAAACGCUGCUCCCAGCCUCAGGAACCUGCUGCCCAUUCCCCAUCAGCUUGAACCACAGAACUGGUUUGUUUUGGAAGGGACCUUAAAGCUCCUCCAGCU